AUGGCAGACCCAGACGUAGAUACCGUCUCAAAUGCAUCCGAGAAGCCAAGCGCAGUAGAAGAAGAAGUAGAUAUAGACUUACGAAAUGAUCCUCGAGUGCAAUGGCUAAAGGAGAGGAUCCUUAAUUACAUCGGCAUCGACGAUGAAGAACUGUUUUACAAUAUGGUGGAAGAAGGAGAUGUGAAACAAAAACUAGCAACAUUCAUCACAUCACCCCUGAAACCAAAUGAAUUGUCUUUAGAUAAAAGAACAUUUUACGUCGCAAAAAUAAUAGUGGACAAACUUAUUCAUGAAGAUAAAGAAUUCACUGAGUGGCGAAUCAUUCCACCACCACCGCCUCCCCCACCACCGGCCAGAAAAGGUAGGAGAGGCAAGAAAAAAGGAGCAGCCCCACCAGAACCUGAACCCGAAGAAAUGGAAGAAGAGAAAAAGACUAAAAGCAUGAAAAGUAUGAAGAGUAUGAAGAGUAUGAAAAGUAUGAAAAGCAUGAAAAGUGUGAAAAGUCUGAAAAGUGCAAAAAAUGCUGAGGCUGAAGAAGAUGAAGAAGUUCAUACUGUUGCUGGAGCCGUUACAGAUAUAUUCGAUAUUGACGAAGGAAUGAGAACAGAAAUAGAUUUACGAAUAGAGGAGGAAGAACCUCCUGUCGUAGCCGAAGACCUAUACUCGUUUCCACCACCUCCCGAAGAUUUAGAUCCAGCAGUGGAUGGUACAUUAGAAUUUUACACUGUCAUUCGACCAGUUCCACGUGUUAUCCAAUAUCCAAAACUAGUGCCAGUUUUUGGUGCAUUCACACCACAAGUAACUCACCGUAACCGAAGAUAUCUCUAUUUCAUCAGACAAACGCAGGACGAAAUACCGCUUUUGGAUAGUGAUUACAAAACAAAGCUCAAGAUGCCAGAAUACGUGUUGGUUGGAUUAACAUCAGGAAAAGUUCUCAUGAGUUUGGGAUUACAGUUAAAGGAGUCAUUUAUUUUGUUGUUCACUCGUCAAUUCCGUGAAAUUCACUCAAUGCAUGCAGAGCCGUCUACUACGACGCUAUCUCGUCAGGUAUCUUAUGCUGGGAAACACUAUGAAAUGCAUGACACUACUUCAGAGGUAAAUUAUUUGCGACCUUCAGACUACCGUAGAAUGUCCAAUAUUGUCAGAGGGGAAAAUGCUGAACGAAGAAUCAAAAAUAUGAGAUCAGAAUCUAAGGCCUAUACAUAUAAGUUCAAAGUUACAAGGCCGACUUCAUCAGUUCUUCAAAGGGAAGAGUCUGAAUUCGAAGCACCAGUACUAGAUCUCCAAAAACCGGAGAAAGAACACAAGCCGGCGGCGUCAGAAGUUAUUCAUGACAUUCAAGAUCUUGUUGGAAUCGUUGAUUGGACAAUACAGCACAUAGAAGGUGAAAUAAAACUUCCAAUGCCGAACAUACCCGCUCUCACAGAGGAGCUCCACCCGGGGCAUGUUGCGUUUAAAGAUCCUGAAUUGACUUCACAAUUGGAAGAAGCUGUCAUUAUGUGGCAAACUCACAUUGAUAAUACUAUAUCUGCUUGCUUGGGAAAGACCCGCGAAGGUGAAGGCCCAGUUGCUGAAUAUAAAUACUGGCGUGAGAGGGACGCAGAAAUAUCACUAUUGGUUGAGCAAUUGAAGCAACCUAUGGUCGUCAAAAUUCUAGCUAUGCUUAAAAAGUCUUCUUCCACUGUUAUUAUGGGUUUCGACAAUUACAAAGAGAGACUUAUGGAACAAUAUAAUCUCGCCGGUGACAAUUUGAAAUUUCUAUCUACCCUGAUGCGUUUCUUUACGAUUAUAGAAGACGAUUCGCCACUUCAAAAUGUAAUAGACAUGUUACCUGAAAUGGUUGAAAGCAUUUAUAUGAUGUGGGUUUUGUCUAAAGGCUAUCGCAAUGAUGAGACCAUGAUACCCUUAUUAGAAAGAAUAUCGUGGGCUUUAUGCGACAAACUUGAAAGAUUUUUAAAUGUGCACAAACUGUUUGACAAACCCAAUGAAGAAAUUCUUUCAUUAGCUCGUGCUGGACAGAAAAUAAUGGAAAUGUGGCAUACGUUAUACAAAGAAACCAGAAGAAACAUCGAGGUUAGUGGUAAAGGAGCACGGUGGGAGUUUGAUCAGCCCCUUCUAUUUACUAGGACUGAUUACAUCGGAACAGUGGCUAGAGACCUAGGAGAUGUUAUUCAGGUUCUCAUCGACUUUGAGCGAAUAUUUGGUAAUGAACUGAAAUCCAUAAUUAGUGAUCCAACCCAGAUUGACGAUGUUCGUAAACGUGUGAAAAGACUGGUAUUUCCUAUACGUACUAUCGAUUUUAGUGUGUUUGUAUUUGACAAUAAAGAGAACUGGGAUGUUAUCAUGGGAGAUUUUUGGACAGAAGUUAGAUAUUUAGAAGACGAAGCGAAAAAUUAUAUUAACCAUAGUUUUGGAAACUUAAGGUCUGCUGAAGAAGCCCUAGACGUACUUCUUAAGUUCCUAGAAUUUGAUACCAGAGAGUCAAUAAGAAAACAGUUAUCCACAAAGUUUGACUACAUUAUGCGACAAUUUAUCAAAGAAAUUACCGUUAUUGAGGACAGAUUUACCCGAUUCCGAAAAAAUCCACCUUUGCUGCGAAAUCACCCACCAGUUGCAGGUGCAAUCUACUGGGCCAGAGCACUAUUUAACAAAAUAAAAAGGCCUAUUAUGAAGUUCCAAAAGGUACCUGAACUUAACAAUUGCGAAGAAAAGAAAACUGCUUUCUUACAAUAUAAAGCGUUUUCUAAAGUUAUUAAAGAGUAUGAAGAAGCCAGAUAUCAGGACUGGGUAAAGGAUGCCUCGGACUUUGUAGACAAUGUAAUGAAGAAAAACAUUCUACAUGUUGUCUUCAAGAAAGAAGAGGAACCAUUACCCACAAAAGGACGUGGAAUGCAACUAACUGCUGCAGGGAGAGCUCAUGUGGCUAAGAAAAAGGCUUCAAACUUGUCAAUAAAACCUAUUGAUAUUGUUAAUAAGGAAAUUGCUGAUAAACGCAAGAGAGACAAGGCCUUAAUGUUAAUGAGGAUUCCUGGUCAGCAUUAUGAAAAUGUCAGAUCACCGAGUUCUAUAUCACUACUGGCAAAGGAAGGAUUAACUGACGUUACUUGGAGGGAUAUGACCGUACAUAAGCUAAUGCAAGAGUACGGGCUAGAGUUUGAACCUAACUUUGAUAAACAUAUUUUUCUAAUUAUACAUGAAGCUGAACUCAUGGAAAGACUGGGCUUUGAUCUACCGUCCAACAUUCGAGAUGUGUCAAUGCAAAAGGCUCGACUUUACUAUGAACUUGAAGCUUUGCAGAAUGUGAUAGAAAAGUACAACACCAGCGCAACAUCGCUCAGUCCAUCUGAAACAUAUCUGAUGAAGAAACAUUUGCUAGACAUGGAAAGACACAUUUUGCCAGGAUUAACUAGAAUUACCUGGACAGCUUUAGGAAUUAACGAUUAUAUCAAAGAUAUAACUAAAGGUGAGAACUCAUUAAAAGCUGUAUAUCAACAAUUAAAAAUGGUUGAAAAGGAAAUACAGUUUUUACUUGACCAAAUACAAAUGUUUGACUUGUUCCCUUUCGUCAAACCCAAAAAAUACAUUGAUCCGGUAACUAAAGAACCCGAUGACACGUGGCUGUAUCCUUGUAAGGCUUAUUUCGUCGAAGUAGAAAAUGAACGUCUGGAACGUUUAGCAAUAUUGUCCCGUCUAUAUGAUCGCAUUGGACCCAACCUCAUGAAACUGGAGUACUUAAUUCUUGGAACGAGUACAGGUCGUUCGGAGGUUAUGUCUUCAUAUUAUACGCACUGGGAGAAAAAAAUAUUUAAAACUCUUGUUGGAUUAACACUGGAGAAUCUGCAAGAUUUUCAAAAAACUCUCAGUGAGAAGAGACCACUCUUUCAAGUCGAUGCAGUCCUAGUACCUCCUGAUAUUACAAUGCGGCCUACAGCCCCUGAAGUUUGUAACAUUCUUGGAUACAACAUCAAGCAUUUUCUUAAUAGGCUAACUACAUUUCCACGCUGGAUGAAGAAAACUUGCCUCCCCUGUCCUCCACAAAGAAUAGCUGAGGCGACCGGGAAUGAGUUUUAUGUAUUUUCAUACUUUGAAGAUAUUUUACGAGUUGUGUCAAUCAACGAUAUAACUCUUCUUAUACAGGAUACCAUUUAUCGACUUACUCAAGAUAUCAAUGUUUAUAUUCAGAAGUGGCAAAAAUAUAAUCAUCUUUGGGCAUUUGAUAAGAACCUUUCCUGUGAAAAGUAUAUUCAAAAGCAUGAGCAAAUACAUAAAUAUGACGAAAAGUUCUUUUUCUUUGAGGAUAUCAUAUCAGAUUUAGAUAACCAUAAUAAAUUUGUGGACAUCGGAGCCAUCAGGGUGAACUUGCGUCCUAUAAUACAACAAGUUCAGGGUCAUUCGCAAGAGUGGAAGAAUAUUCUAGGUCAUUGCAUAGCUUCUAAAACAAGGAUGAAUAUGUAUGACUUGAAAAAUCAGAUGGAGGUAUGUAAAGGAUUUAUUUGUUUACUUUAUUCUUCACUCCGUAUGACAAUGAAUAUGAAUAUCAAAGGUUUGGAGGACUUUAAGCUGGUGAUGGCAACGAUAACACAAGUGCAACAGCUCACUAUUACCGCUGAGGUGAAGUUCCGAAACAUGCAGGAGAUCUUUCACAUGUUGAGACAGCAUGGCAUAGAUGUAGAAGACGGAGAUUUAGAUUUUGCUAAAAAUCUCGAAGCAUCCUGGGGCACUUUGUAUCAAACAUCUCUGUUUAGAGGUAAUACUUUAGAACAGACAAAAGAGAAAUUCUCAAAACUGAAUGUUGGUGAAAUAUCCAAAUUCCUCAAAGAAUUGGACGACUUCGUCGAAAAGUUUGACAGAGAAGGACCUUCCACUGUUGGAGAAGAUUUAGACAGAGGAUUGGUUCUUAUGGAGGAAUACACAAAAAUUUUUGAUGAAUUGGAAUCUAGAAAAAAAAUGUUACAAGCAGCAGAACAACUAUUUGAUAAUCCGCUUGCUGAUUUCACAACAUUUAAUCGCGCCAAAUCAGAUUUCCAAGCUAUGGAACAGAUAUAUAAAAUAUAUAAAGCCCAAAAGAAUGCAAGAGAAGUAUGGGCUAAGACAUUAUGGGUUAAUUUAAAUCCUCAAGCACUCGUGGAUGGUAUUGAGCAGUUCUUUAAGGAAUUCAGAAAACUACCAAAGACUGUACGUCUUACCCCCACUGGACUAAUGUUGGAUCUUAAGAUGAAACAAUUCAAGAACGUUGUACCUCUUAUGGUUUCACUAAAGAAUGAAGCAAUGAGGGAACGUCAUUGGAAAGAGUUAAUGGCUAAAACAGGUCAAGAAUUCGACAUGUCUCCGGACAGAUUUACUUUGGAAAACAUGUUUGCUAUGGAACUUCACAAAUAUCAAGAUGUCGCUGAAGAAAUUGUCAACCAUGCCAUCAAGGAACUCUCAAUUGAACGCGGCGUCAAAGAGGUGCAGGAGACAUGGGCAAACAUCGUGUUUACAGUUUCAAGACACUUCAAUCGUGGUGAAGACCGCGGAUACACGCUCAACCCUUGCGAUGAAAUAAUUGUAAAAGUUGAUGAUGAUGCCAUGUCCUUACAAAGCAUGGCUGCCUCGCAAUUUAUAGGUCCAUUCCUAUCUGUUGUUCAAACAUGGGAUCGUCGCUUGGCUCUUAUAUCGGAGGUAAUAGAGGAAUGGAUGGCAACACAACGCAAAUGGCUGUAUCUAGAAGGAAUAUUUGUAGGGGGAGAUAUUCGUGUACAAUUGCCGGACGAAGCCAAAAAAUUUGAUGAUAUCGACAGAUCCUUUAGAAAGAUCAUGUUGGACACUGCCAAACGACUUAAUGUAGUGGAUUGCUGCACAAUAAGUGGAAGAUUAGAAGAAUUUAUAAACUUGGGAUUGGGAUUACAAAAGUGUCAAAAAUCUCUGAAUGACUACUUGGAUUCGAAGAGAAGAAUUUUUCCGAGAUUUUUCUUCAUAUCUACAGAUGAACUUCUGUCUAUUUUGGGAAGCAGCGAGUGUAGUUGUGUUCAAGAACACAUGAUAAAGAUGUUUGACAACAUAAGGGCUUUAGACUUAUACGUGGAUCACACAAAUCGCCCCGUUGCCGCUAAAAUGAUUUCAGCCGAAGGAGAGAUAAUGGAUUUCCGUUACGUAGUGUAUACAGAAGGCCGAGUUGAAGACUGGAUGAAUUUAGUUCUAAAUGAAAUGCGAAGUACUAAUAAAUUUAUUACAAAAAAGGCCAUAUUCUAUUACGGCAGGAACUGGAGAGUCCCACGAACGGAAUGGAUAUUGGAGUACCAAGGCAUGGUGUGUCUUGCAGCCAACGGAGUUUGGUGGACCGCGGAAACUGAAGAGACAUUCAUAAGAAUCAGAAAUGGAAACAAGCGAGCCAUGAAAGAGCAUUUACAACAACAGAACGAACAACUAGACGGACUGGUAGUAAAAGUGAGACAAGAUUUAUCUUCUAACGAUCGUCUUAAAUUUCGAACGAUAACAACAAUUGACGUUCAUGCAAGGGACAUUAUAGAGGGCUUUGUUCGAGACAACGUAACCGAAGCUGCUGAAUUUGAAUGGGAGAGUCAACUUAGAUUUUAUUGGCUCAAAAAUGAUGAUAAUCUCUGGAUAAAGCAGUGCACAGGACUAUUCGAAUAUGGUUACGAGUACAUGGGCUUGAAUGGUCGGCUAGUAAUCACACCGUUAACCGAUCGUAUCUACCUUACUAUAACACAAGCUUUGACAAUGCAACUUGGGGGUGCUCCUGCAGGUCCUGCUGGAACCGGUAAGACAGAGACAACAAAAGAUCUCGCCAAGGCCUUAGGUCUUCUGUGUGUUGUAACCAAUUGCGGUGAGGGUAUGGACUUCAGGGCUGUUGGUCAGAUCCUGGCAGGACUCUGUCAGUGUGGUGCUUGGGGAUGUUUUGAUGAAUUUAACCGUAUUGAUAUAUCUGUAUUAUCAGUUAUAUCCACACAACUUCAAUGUAUAAGAAGUGCCUUGUUGAUGAAGCUAAAGCGAUUUACGUUUGAAGGUCAAGAAAUCGAUAUGGACAGUAAAGUAGGGAUUUUCAUCACAAUGAAUCCCGGAUAUGCUGGUCGCACGGAGCUUCCUGAAUCCGUGAAAGCCUUAUUCAGACCAGUUGUGUGUAUUUUACCUGACUUGGAAAUGAUUUGUCAGAUAUCACUAUUCUCGGAUGGAUUCCUUACAGCUAAAGUACUUGCUAAGAAAAUGACUGUCCUAUACAAAGUUGCUCGUGAACAGCUAUCAAAACAAUCUCAUUAUGACUGGGGACUCAGAGCUUUGACAGCAGUUUUGAGAAUGGCUGGUAAACUUAGAAGAGAUUCACCAGGACUCAGCGAAAUCAUGGUACUUAUGAGAGCUCUGAGAGACAUGAAUCAUCCCAAAUUCGUUUUCGAGGAUGUCCCACUUUUCCUUGGUCUUAUCAAAGAUUUAUUUCCUGGCCUUGAAUGUCCGCGUGUCGGAUAUCCAGAUUUUAACGUUGCUGUUGAAGAUGUUUUAGUUAAGGAUGGCUAUAUUGUUCUUCCUCAUCAGGUUGAUAAAAUAGUACAAUUAUAUGAGACGAUGAUGACUCGUCACUGCACCAUGUUAGUGGGGCCGACUGGUGGUGGAAAGACUGUCAUCUUGCAGACUCUUGUUAAAGCACAGACCAACCUCGGACUACCCACAAAACUCACUAUAGUUAACCCAAAGGCAUGCUCUGUAAUAGAGUUGUAUGGCAUUCUUGAUCCUGUUACAAGAGAUUGGACGGAUGGACUAUACUCAAAAAUAUUUAGAGAAAUGAAUAGGCCAGCUGAUAGAGAGGAACGCCGUUACUCAUUGUUUGAUGGUGAUGUAGACGCUUUGUGGAUUGAAAAUAUGAAUUCCGUAAUGGAUGACAACAAAUUACUAACUCUAGCGAACGGCGAGAGAAUUAGACUAGCUCCGUAUUGUGCUCUGCUUUUCGAAGUUGGAGAUCUUAAUUAUGCGUCACCGGCAACAGUCUCAAGAGCUGGUAUGGUGUUCGUGGACCCUAAGAAUUUGGGUUACCAACCGUAUUGGGAUAGGUGGUUGCGCGGUCGAAAUAACGAGGAAGAACGUGAACAAUUAUCUGGCCUCUUUGAUCACUACGUAGGUGGAGCCAUCAACUAUAUCGUUUUCGGUUUAUUUGGUCUUCAACAGCAGACACCGUUGAAGACAAUCGUCCCACAGACACCUCUCAAUCUGGUAGUCCAACUCUGCUACAUGAUAAGUGGCCUCUUACCAAACAGAGAAGAUAGCAACGAGGAAAUUGACAGAACUGUCGUCGAAUGCGUUUUUAUGGUUUCAAUGUACAACAGUCUUGGUGCAGCAAUAGUCGAUGAUGGGAGAUUCGAUUUCGAUAAUUACAUUAAGAAAGCCUGUCCAAUGAUGCUCGUUGAAGAUACUCUGGAGAAAAAGGCUACCACCAAACAUUUCCCGAUGGGUUUUCCAACACUAUACGACUACUGCUUGGAACUGAGUACACUCACCUGGGAAGCCUGGGAGUGGUUGGUGCCAGAAUACGUUCAUGACAGAGAGAUGAGGUUCUCAUCAAUACUUGUACCCACAGUCGAUACACUACGUAUGACCUGGCUUAUUAAGAUUAUGGAGAGCGUGGAAAGACCCGUUCUUUUAGUUGGUGACACGGGAACGUCCAAAACGGCGAUUAUAUAUAAUUAUUUAAGAGGCUUACCUCCAGAUAAAUAUAUUGUCCAACAAAUGAACUUUUCAUCUCGUACCUCCUCUAUGGAUGUUCAGCGUAAUUUAGAAUCCGUGGUAGAAAAGAGAACCAAAGACACUUUCGGGCCUCCCGUAGGAAAGAAGAUGCUGGUUUUCAUUGAUGAUAUGAAUAUGCCAAUUGUCGACACAUACGGGACGCAACAACCGAUAGCACUUCUCAAAUUGCUAUUUGAAAGAAAGGGCUUUUAUGAUCGCGGUAAAGAUCUCAAUUGGAAGAACUUGAAAGAUAUUGGCUUUUUAGCGGCUAUGGGAAAGGCAGGGGGCGGUAGGAAUGAUGUGGAUCCGAGAUUUAUAUCAAUGUUCUCAGUAUACAAUUUACAAUUUCCAUCGGAAGCAACCCUUAACCAUAUAUACGUUUCAAUUCUAAAAGGACACUUCUCGGUAUUUCCUGAAGAAAUUCAGGAUAUAGUUGAAAAAAUUGUCCAAAUGACACUAGAUUUGUACAAGAUAAUCAUCGUAGAACUGCCUCCUACUCCAGCGAAGUUCCAUUAUAUCUUCAAUCUACGUGACCUUUCCCGGAUAGCAGCUGGCAUGUGUCUUACACAUCCCAACUUCUUCAGCGAGAAGAAAUGCGUAGUGAGAUGCUGGAGAAACGAGUUCACUCGAGUUAUUUGCGAUAGGCUUAUUAACACUCAGGAUAACGACUUAAUGCGGACGCAUAUACAAGAAAAUAUUGUCAAAUACUUUCCCGAGGAUGAACCAGUAGUCUUGGAGGAAAUUGUUAUACCUGAAGAAGAAGAAAAGCCGGUGGAAGAAGAAGAAGAAGAUGAAUUUAUGAAACCUGAAACCAAGCCCAGCAAACCUGCUGCUGCUGAAGAACAGGAGCUUCAAAUCGAAGAAGAAGAAGAAGUCGAAGUUGAAAAGGUUUUAACGUUGGAAGAAUAUGUGCUUCGAGAUCCGCUACUGUUUGGUGACUACCGAAAUGCACUUGAUGAAGAAGAAGUGCGAUACUAUGAGGAUCUGUUGGAUUACGAAGCGGUUUAUUUUCUAUUCCAAGAGAUUCUGGAUGAAUACAAUGAGCGUAUAAGCAAGAUGUCCGUAGUAUUGUUCGAGGACUGUUUGGAACAUUUAACCCGGACACAUCGAAUUCUACGCACGGAUCGCGGUAACGCUAUGAUUAUUGGCGUUGGUGGAUCUGGAAAGAAAUCAAUCUGUAGACUUGCUGCUUUUGCUGCUGGUUAUGACGUUUUCGAGAUAACAGUAACGCGCAACUACAAUGAAAAUACUUUCAAAGAUGAUAUGAAGAAACUAUACAAUCAACUAGGAGUUGACGGCAAACCCACUGUUUUCUUAUUUACUGCAGCUCAGAUAUUGGAAGAAGGUUUUCUGGAGUUUAUCAAUAAUAUCUUAAUGAUUGGAAUGAUCCCAGCGCUUUUUGGUGACGAGGAGAAGGAUGCUAUAAUUAAUUCCGUUCGAAACGAAAGUAGCGAAGCUGGAUAUGGAGUGGCAAAGGACGCUGUUUGGAAUUAUUUCUGCAAUAAAUGUGCUAACAAUCUUCACGUUGUUUUAUCUAUGUCUCCUAGUGGUGAUAUUUUACGCAACAGAUGUCGAAGCUUUCCAGGUCUCGUAAACAAUACAACGAUUGACUGGCAAUUUCCUUGGCCUAAGCAGGCGCUAUUGGCUGUAGCUAAUGUAUUCCUAUCUGAUGUUCAAAAAAUUCCUGAAGAGUUCCGUCCAAUAAUAGUGGAGCAUGUUGUUCAUGUGCAUAUGUCAGUGGCGCAUUAUUCAGCAGAGUUUUUGCUUCGUUUACGCAGAAACAACUAUGUUACGCCCAAACACUACAUGGAUUACCUUACUAAUUACCUUUCGCUGCUAAAUGAGAAAGACGCAUUUAUAGUGGCACAAUGUGAACGCUUAAUUGGUGGUUUGGCUAAGAUAGAAGAAGCGAAUGUUCAACUAGAGGAUCUAAAUGCAAAAUUGGCAAUUCAGAAAGUAAUUGUAGCAGAACAGACGAAGGAGUGUGAAACGUUGCUCAAAGAAAUCUCCACGGCUACGGAAGCAGCAGUCGCAAAACAAACGGUAGCAGCGAUUAAAAGUUCAGAGAUCACAGAACAGAGCAAAGUCAUAGCAGAAGAGAAAUCAGAAGCCGAAGAAGCGUUGUCCGCAGCUCUGCCAGCGCUAGAAGCGGCCAGACUUGCACUUUCAGAUUUGGAUAAGAAUGAUAUAACUGAAAUUAGAUCCUUUGCUACCCCGCCUGAAGCGGUUCAGGUCGUAUGUGAAUGUGUAGUUAUAAUAAGAGGAAUUAAAGAUGUCAGCUGGAAAGGUGCUAAGGGAAUGAUGGCCGACCCAAACUUUUUGCGUAACCUUCAAGAAAUGAAUUGCGAUCUUAUUACCCAGCAGCAAGUAAAAGCUGUUAAAGCGCAUAUGAAAAAAAGUAAAAAAUUAGAUACCAUGCAACAGAUCAGUAAGGCCGGAUAUGGCCUGUUGAAAUUUGUUACUGCCGUGCUAGGCUAUUGUGCUGUAUACAAGGAGGUGAAACCAAAAAAAGACAAAGUCGAGGCUUUAGAAAAGGAAUACACUGAAGCUGUUAACUAUUUAGCUUCCCUCAACAGAGAGAUUGAUCGAUUACAAAAAACUUUAGAUGGACUUAAUAACAAAUACGAAACAGCAAUGUUACGAAGACAAGAACUUCAAGAGGAAACUGAUAUUAUGAUGCGAAGAUUGGUUGCAGCAGACAAACUUAUGUCUGGAUUAUCGAGUGAACAGAAACGCUGGACAGAGGACUUGGCGGCUUUAUAUGUGGAACAAUCACGAUUGAUUGGGAACUGCUUGUUGUCCGCAUCAUUUUUAAGUUACACUGGGCCUUUCUCGUUUUCUUUCAGACAAACCAUGUUGUAUGAGGAUUGGAUGGGAGAUGUCCUUGAAAGGGGCAUUCCCCUGACAACGCCUUUUACUGUAGAAAAAAAUUUAACGAAUGAAGUGGAAAUAAGCGGCUGGAAUUCUGAGGGACUACCGCCAGAUGAACUAUCAGUACAGAACGGUAUUUUGACCACUCGUGCUUCACGUUUUCCUCUUUGUAUUGACCCACAGACUCAGGCACUAACGUGGAUAAAACGAAAAGAAGCAAAAAACAAUUUGAAGGUGCUAUCAUUCAACGAUCCACAAUUUCUGCGACAUUUGGAGAUGGCAAUCAAGUAUGGCAUGCCAGUCCUAUUCCAAGAUGUUAACGAAUACAUCGAUCCUGUCGUUGACAAUGUAUUGGAAAAAAAUAUAAAAGUUGAAAGUGGCAGAACGUUCGUGAUGCUGGGCAGUUCAGAAGUCGAUUACGAUCCCAAUUUUAGAAUGUAUCUUACUACGAAGCUAGCAAAUCCUCAAUUCAACCCAGCUGCCUACGCGAAGGCAGUCGUCAUUAACUAUACUGUUACUGUACAGGGCCUGGAAGACCAGCUUCUCAGCGUAGUAGUUCGUGCUGAGAGGGCUGAUCUGGAAGAGCAAAGGGAGAGUCUUAUUAUCGAGACCAGUGCCAACAAAAGUCUUCUCUCGGGACUCGAAGAUUCUCUCCUAAGAGAAUUGGCGACCUCAACUGGCAACAUGCUUGAUAACGUAGAACUGGUUAAUACGUUAGAGAACACCAAGUCCAAAGCAGCAGAGGUUAUGGAAAAACUUGAAUUGGCGGAGAGAACGACAAGAGACAUUGAAAAAUUAAGAGAUGGUUAUAGACCUGUGGCUAAGCGUGGAUCAAUCCUCUUCUUCGUAUUAUCAGAUAUGGCCAGUGUCAACACCAUGUAUCAAUACUCACUAUCCUCAUACCUGGAUGUUUUCUCUUUUUCAUUACGCAAGGCAAUGCCUAAUGUAAUAUUAUUCAAAAGAUUAAGGAAUAUAAUAGAUAUGUUAACUAAGAAUGUCUACGAAUAUGGAUGUACAGGAAUAUUCGAAAGGCACAAACUGUUAUUCUCUUUUCAAAUGGACAUCAAACUGGAACAAAGUGAAGGAAACGUGACUCAAGCAGAGUUAGACUUUUUCAUCAAGGGUAAUAUUUCCUUGGAAAAGUCAGCGAAAGCAUGUCCCGCCACUUGGAUACCAAAUCAGGGAUGGCAGGACAUAAUGAAGCUAAGCGUAGAUUUCCCGGAUACCUUUGGCGAAUUACCUGAUCACAUAACCUCCGGGAUUCUCCUUUGGCAAGAGUGGUUCGAUAGUGACAAUCCUGAAGCCAUUGAAAUGCCAAAUGGGUACCGUAAAAGGCUAAGGCCAUUCGAAGUGUUGAUGAUACUUCGUUGUUUCCGAGUGGAUCGUAUUUACCGAGCGCUUACUGAUUACAUCACAGCUACAAUGGGAGAAGAGUACAUAACACCACCAGUUAUAAGCCUGGAUAUGAUAUAUGAACAAACUACACCAUUCACGCCGGUUGUAUUUAUUUUAAGCCCUGGUUCUGACCCUACCGCAGAUCUCAUGAAAUUAGCUGAUAAAUGUGGUUUUGGUGGAGGGAAAUUUAAAUAUUUAUCACUCGGUCAAGGACAGGAGGGGGCCGCUUUGGCUUUAUUAGAAGGUGCUAUAUCUCAUGGACAAUGGUUAAUAUUACAAAACUGUCAUCUUCUUAUAUCUUUCCUUCGCGAAUUGGAAAAACAAUUGGAAAUGAUGACGAAACCGCAUCCCGAAUACCGUUUGUGGCUCACAACUGACCCUACACCCACCUUUCCCAUUGGUAUACUACAACGAUCUCUUAAAGUUGUAACCGAACCACCAAAUGGACUUAAACUCAACUUAAGGAACACCUAUUUCAAAAUGCGUGCCCGUGCUCUAGAUGAGUGCACUCACCCUCACUUCAGAAAACUCGUAUAUGUUUUGGCUUUCUUUCAUGCAGUUGUCCAGGAGCGUCGGAAAUACGAUAAAAUUGGUUGGAACAUAGCGUACGACUUCAGUGAAUCAGAUUUUAUAGUGUGCAUGCAAAUACUUCAAUGUUAUCUGGACCGCUGCUACGUAGCCAAGGGCCCGGUCCCGUGGGCUACUCUCAAAUAUCUCUUUGGAGAAGUAAUGUACGGUGGAAGAGUCAUUGACGAUUUCGAUCGUAGAGUAGUAAAAACGUACAUGGAUGAAUACUUAGGAGAAUUUUUGUUUGAUAAAUUCCAACCGUUCCAUUUUUACCACGACUCAACCUUUGACUAUGUCAUACCUCCUGAUGGCGAACGCGAAGAAUAUAUUGAUUUCAUUGACACCCUACCACUUGCUAAUACGCCGGAAGUUUUUGGUCUGCACCCCAACGCGGAGAUUGGUUACUUCAGCCAGGCCGUGCGUGAAAUGUGGAGUCAUCUCAUCGAAUUGCAACCACAGACAAGUGAGGGCGGAGGCGCUAUGAGUCGUGACGAUUUCAUCGACUCCAUUGCUGUUGACAUCUUCGCUAAGCUGCCAGCCUUGUACGAAAUAUGGCGAGUACGGAAGCAGUUCGAAAUGAACAUCACUCCUACUAUUGUGGUGUUGUUACAGGAACUAGAAAGGUUCAAUCGACUUAUAAACAAACUGCAAGUCACUUUGUCCCAACUACGCAAAGCCCUAGCUGGUGAAAUCGGUAUGGAUGCUAUAUUGGACAACGUAGCAUACAGUUUAUUCAACGGCCAGUUGCCGCAAGUUUGGCGUUCCUUAGCACCAGACACGAGGAAGGGUUUGGGUGGAUGGAUUGAUCAUUUCCUAGAACGGACCAAGCAGUAUUCAGACUGGGCUACAAUGGAGGAGCCAGUGGUGAUUUGGUUGUCAGGUCUUCACAUUCCAGAGUCAUAUCUGAUUGCUCACAUCCAAAUAGCCUGCCGAUUGUAUACAUGGCCUCUAGACAGAUCAACCCAGUUCACGAAAGUAACAAAAUUUAUAUCAGCUGAUGACAUAGAAGAGAGACCAGUCACGGGAUGCUAUGUACGAGGACUGUAUUUGGAAGGGGCCCGUUGGGAUGUUGAUGAUGGUUGUUUGAGAAGAUCACAUCCAAAAGUUCUCAUCACAGAACUGCCUAUCAUGUAUAUCAUACCAAUUGAAGCACACAAACUAAAGUUACAGAACACACUACGUACACCUGUGUACACAACAUGUUCUCGUAGAAAUGCUAUGGGUGUGGGACUCGUAUUUGAAUCCGAUCUAUGGACAGCGGAGCAUUCCAGCCACUGGGUCUUACAAGGUGUCUGUCUCGUUAUGAACACUGACUAA